GGGUGGCGGUGUCGUCCGGUUGGGAGGAGGAUCGGAUUCCUGUUUCCUGCCCCUACUCACACAGCCCGAGGAGGUGACUGAGAGUGGAGGGAAUUGGAGGGGAUGACUUUCUCAGAACACCCCACUCCUCGGAAACACUCAGAGGACGAUGUCAGCUCAGUCUCUCCCUGCAGCCACACCCCCUACCCUGAAGCCCCCUCGGAUCAUCCGCCCCCGGCCCCCUUCUCGCCAUAGAGCUCCACAGCCAGGGCCUCCCCACAAUGGCUCCUCCCCGAAAGCAUGUCCUCAAAUUUCCAACGAUGCCCCUUCGGCUCCGAUGUGCACCUCCAUCUUCUGGGAGCCCCCCACCGCUUCCCUGAAGCCCCCUGCCCUUCUGCCCCCCUCGGCUUCUAGAGCCAGCCUGGAGUCUCAGACUUCCGACUCACCUUCCAGCACACCCAGUCCCAGCCCAGUGUCCCGGCGCUCCGCCUCCCCGGAGCCGGCUCCCUGCUCUCUUGUACCCCCACCCAAGCCCUCGGGGUCUCCCCGAACACCGCCGCCCUCGCUCCCUGUGCCUCUCCUGGAUGGCUCGGCCUCGGCCCCUGGCACGGUCCGCAGGCUGGCGGGCAAGUUUGAAUGGGGGGCUGACGGCAAGGCCAGGUCCUCAGACUCUCUGGAGCGAUGCUCCCAAGGGAACGCGGACGUGAAUGGGGAGAGAGAGACCCCCCUAGUCGCCCUUCCCGGGACCGGGUCGCAGGAGAACGGCGCUCCCGGAGACGCUGCCCUGGCCUGCCCGCCACGCUGCCCUUGUGUUUGCCACGUAGCAAAGCCUGGCCUGGAGCUCCGAUGGGUGCCUGUGGGGAGUUCUGAGGACAUCCUCAGGGCGCCCUGCCGGGCAUCCCCACUCCGAGCCUCACGCUCCCGCAUCAACGCUCCAGUCAUCAGCCAUCCUCCGGUUGUCCUCACAUCCUACCGCUCCACCGCCGAGCGCAAACUCCUACCUCCCCUCAAGCCCCCCAAGCCAACUAGAGUCAGACAGGGUACCAGCACCUCUGAGGAGCUUCCACAGCCGGACCUGGAACUGCCUUCAGAGGAUGGAAUCCAAACAGGGGACAGACCUGAAGAAACUCCUCAGCAUGCUCCUCCUGCAGCCUUGGAGAAAAGGGAUGAGGAAGGACUGGAAGGGCUGAGGGAGCAGCAGUGGGAGCUGCCUCUGCAGGACGAACCUUUAUACCAGACGUACAGAGCAGCUGUGCUGUCAGAGGAGCUGUGGGGCGUGGGUGAGGAUGGGAGUCCCUCUCCAGCUAAUCCUGGAGAAGCUCCCACCUUCUCCAGGCUCCCUGGACCUCGAAACACCCUGUGGCAGGAGCUCCCAGCUGUGCGAGCCAGCGGUCUCUUAGAAAGUCUAAGCCCAGAGGAAAGGCGCAUGCAGGAGAGCCUGUUUGAGGUGGUGACCUCAGAAGCCUCCUACCUGCGCUCCCUGAGGCUGCUGACUGACACCUUCGUCCUGAGCCAGGCUCUCCGGGACACACUCACACCUAGGGAUCACCACACGCUUUUCUCCAAUGUGCAGCGCGUCCAGGGUGUCAGUGAGAGAUUUCUAGGAACGCUACUGUCUCGUGUCCGUUCCUCCCCACACAUCAGUGACCUGUGUGAUGUGGUGCACGCCCACGCCGUCGGCCCUUUUUCAGUGUAUGUGGACUACGUACGGAACCAACAGUACCAGGAGGAGACCUACAGCCGACUUCUAGACACAAACAUGCGCUUCUCUGCAGAGCUGAGAAAGCUGCAGAGCCUCCCCAAAUGUGAGCGCCUCCCGCUGCCUUCUUUUCUGCUGCUGCCCUUCCAGCGUAUCACCCGCCUCCGGAUGCUGUUGCAGAAUAUCCUAAGCCAGACGGAGGAGGGGUCCAGUCGUCAGGAGAAUGCCCAGAAGGCACUGGGUGCUGUGAGCAAGAUCAUUGAGCGCUGCAGCCUUGAGGUGGGGCGCAUGAAGCAGACCGAAGAGCUGAUCCGCCUCACCCAAAGGUUGCGCUUCCACAAAGUCAAGGCUCUACCGUUGGUCUCCUGGUCAAGACGCCUGGAGUUACAGGGGGAGCUGACGGAGCUGGGGUGUCGGAGGGGCGGUGUGCUCUUCACCUCCCGCCCCCGCUUCACUCCCCUCUGCCUGCUGCUCUUCAGUGACCUGCUGCUUAUCACUCAGCCCAAGAGUGGGCAGCGGCUGCAGGUUCUGGACUAUGCCCAUCGCUCCCUGGUGCAGGCCCAGCAGGUUCCUGACCCAUCCGGACCCCCUACAUUUCGGCUCUCGCUUCUCAGCAACCAUCAGGGCCGCCCCACCCACAGGCUACUGCAAGCCGCCUCUCUGUCAGACAUGCAGCGCUGGCUGGGAGCCUUUCCCACCCCGGGUCCCCUUCCCUGUUCCUCAGACACCAUCUAUGAGGACUGUGAGUGCUCCCAAGAGCUGUGUACAGAGCCGUCUACACCGUCCAAGCCUGAGGGGCAAAGUCUGGAGCCCAAGGGCCCCCGAAAGCAUCUGCACAAGAAUCCUGAAGGUUGGCUCAAGGGGCUUCCUGGAGCCUUCCCUGCCCAACUGGUAUGUGAGGUCACAGGAGAACAUGAGAGGAGAAAGCAUCUUCGCCAGCAUCAGAAGCUCCUUGAGGCUGCGGGACCCUCUUCAGACACUCCCGACACCCCUCAACCCUAAUGCAGGCUAGGGAGGGGCACAGAUUGGGACACUGGCAGCAGCAUGCAGAAGACAAAGUCUGCCCAUCUGUCCAUCCGUCCAUCCAUC